ACAAGAAAGAGGGACAGCAGUGCAGCAUGUUGCGUCUGCUCUAUACAGAGGUAAUCAAGUGAACUGCGUCAGUGCGCAUGCAGGGCAGGCUUGAAAUUCGCCUGAUCUGCAGGCGGAUGAAAGUAAGAGGCGCUCUUGGGGAGAGAGGAAAAAGUUCUCAACAAGGAGAGGCAGGACUACUCUGACGGAGCCCUGCAGUCUCACUUUUAUGCCUCUAAAACACUUUCUCUGCCAUCUUUUCACGUCGUUUUUAGCCCCUUAACGCCACUUUGACGAUUUCCAAGAGAGAUUUCCUACUUUUUGACUUCGCACCAGCACCAUGGAGCUGCUCUGCCUCGAAAUGGACACCAUCAUACGAGCUCGUCCCGAUCCGAACCUUCUGUGCGAUGACAGAGUCCUGCAGAGCUUGCUGACCAUAGAGGAGAGGUUUCUGCCUCAGUAUUCUUAUUUUAAAGGCGUCCAGAAAGAUAUUCAGCCGUUUAUGAGAAGGAUGGUCGCGACUUGGAUGUUGGAGGUAGGCUACACCGAAACACCGAGUGCUGACAAGACUUAGUAUUUCCGUACUCGACUUUAAAGCCUCUUUAUUUGUUUCUUGCUGCUUUGCUGAGCUCUGUUUGCCCUCCAGACUCUACAUCAGACUCACUACUGUCAUAUCUGACUCAGUAUUCCGCGUAUUUACCGCAUUUGACAUUUCUUUGAAUUUCUUCGCGAUUUUAAAGUCCGAUCAUGAAGGUCGUGUUUGUUAAACUCGGAGCUGAGAUAUCUCCGACACCGUGUAUUUCUUCCAUAUGCCUCACUUGUUGUCUGUACGAGCUGCCCGCUGCUUAUUUAAUGUUAUUAUUUUAGAUAGCCUGAAUAUUUCCAUGCACACGUAUGCACUCCCCAAUGCAAUGCUGCCCUGCGCCUUUCUAUCGCCAUGUUGGUUUUUACAGGAGCGUUCGCGCUUUUAAGAGGGCUUUACAGUGUCAUAAAGACAAUAACAGUGGUUAAAAGUCAUCGGGAAUGACAGAAGAGACCUUCGGGCGUCUUUUGAAUGUAAAAACGAUCAGGAAAAGCGCUGCAAACAUUUGAGGUUUCUAUUUAAAAUGUCGGAAGGGGCGCGGGCCUUAUCUGCUUCAGCUCCUCUCCUCGUCGUUUCGCCUCUCUCUGGAUUUAUGUUCCAUUUUUGACACUCGGUGAAGUAUUUUUGAUCAGUGUCCACAUGUAAACAAUCCCGAGUCUUUGAGCUUUAUUUACAUGUAAAUAUCAUAAGGGUGGCACGCGCUGGUUAUUUUUAAUUAAUUUUAGAAAUGAAUAUAUCGGGUCGGCGGUGACGCACAUCAGACCUACCACUCGCUACUUGUCUUUUAUUUUGACAUUUUAUAGACAUUUAAAGUGUCGGGAUUUGGAUUCAAAACGUCGGAUCUGAUGUGGUAAAGACUCCUGAACAUUAUCAUGUGAAAAAAAUUAUCCCAGCAAAUUUAUUUAUAUUUUUAAUUAUUUUAUGAAAACAUGACGAAUGAGGAAAAAAGCAUGUUUCCGUGUGCUGCGCUGUCGGGGUGUUUUUUUGGCUCGGCUGAUUGUGACUUGAAUUCAUUUCUUAGUGAAUGAACUGCAGGAAUGUGACUCUAUUGACAGUAUGUCUGACAUAUAUUUCAUUCUUUCUUUAAUAAUGUAUUUCUAAUUAAUGCAUGAUGUCGCAACAGAUUAGGGCUGGGCGCAAAUUCUUGGCCGAGCCCCAACUCAGUGUGUCAUUGAAUUUAUAAGUGCUUUUUAUGUGAUUCCACUUUUGUUUCGUUCUCUCAUAAAACUUUUAUAUACAUUUCAUGUUCUGGAAAAUACGUCAGGUCACUGCAGGGUAGGUGACUGAUUCCAAACGCUGAACAUUGCUGCAUUGUCUGCUCUCUCUCUCCCUCUCUUCUCAGGUUUGUGAGGAACAGAAGUGCGAAGAAGAAGUUUUUCCUUUGGCCAUGAACUACUUGGACAGAUUUUUAGCCGUGGUGCCCACCAAAAAGUGUAACCUGCAGCUGCUGGGUGCAGUCUGCAUGUUUCUUGCAUCCAAAUUGAAAGAGACUCGUCCAUUAACUGCAGAGAAGCUUUGCAUCUAUACAGAUAACUCCAUCAGACCACAGGAGCUGCUGGUAAGCAACAGAUGGUUCAACACUUCAAUUCACCAAACUCUCAGUGGCACAUCUGAAGAUUGAUGUUUGCAUCAGUUCAGACAUCUUCAUGCUUUAUUUUUGGGCCUGUUGCUUUCAUCGUAUUUGCUUCUUGGAGAAUGUUUCAUUUCAGGUAUUUUGUAAUUAAAUGAACAGAUUUACCAAUUAAGAUCAAACAUGCACAAGAGCAGAGAAAAGAGCGUUUCUUUUGUCACUGAACCUGCUGUCCACUCUUCACUUUACACUGCAAACUCACUAAAAAUGCAGAAAAAGGCGAAUGCUCAGGGUGAAUUGUUCCACAAGAGCUCUCUUUACUGUACAAGAGACCCUGUGGGCUUUUACAGUAUCAGUCCCUCUCUGUGUAAUGGUCUCUAUCGCCAUCUGGUGGCAGAUAUUUGCACAGAGCAACGAGGUCAGCUUGAACUCCAGCCAAAGCUCUGACUCUGUUCCUGUCAGGGAGGGAGAGAGAGAAAGAGAGAGAGGAGAGAGAGAGAGAGACGAAGAAAUUCAAGUUUGCCUUUUACAGUGCAGCUUUCAUCCAAAAAUAACCGGGGAUGCACACAUUUCUGAUAUUAUGUCAUGCUGCACUCUCUUAGCUUCUCACUCUGAAAUGCAGCCUGCUGUCCAAGUGUGAUGAUGAUGAUGAUGAUGAUGAUGAUGAUGAUGAUGAUGCAGGGUUGGAUGUGUCACUCAGAGUUAAAGUAAUGUCCUCUCUCUGUGUGUUCUUGAUAAGACGUCUUUGGCCUGAUAAUACCAGCCGCCUUCAUGGGCUCAAACCAAUUAAUUAACUCAGUUUCCCAUCAGAUAAGUGUUUCCCCACAGCUCUGUGGUGCUACAUAAACAUUCCUCAGUAAACAACAGCCAAUCCCACCCAUGUUGUGAAAGAGGCCACAUAUUCUGAAUCAGACGUGGCUGCAGGCCUGCCUCGCAGCUCGCAGAGUCAACUUUCUAACAUGCUGCUUUUGCUGGUUUCUAUCAGAUUUGUUGGUUGUUUAAAAGCUUUAGUUCCCGUCCUGUCAGUGAGGGAUUUCACGUUAUCGCUCUGAAGGUUUGACAAGAAAACAGACUAUGUGUAAGCGAAAGGAAGAGCUGCACUUAGUUGAACACUUUGACAUGCUGCUUUUCUGAGUAAACUGAGUUCGUCUACCUUUAUGUUCAGUCUGAAACAAAGCCCUCAGUCCUUGAACCGGUUGCUGGGGCCUCAUCUCUCUGUUUCUGUAUAAGGCAGUAUUUUGGCUGACAUGCAGAUACAGGAAACAGAGAUCAGCUGCGCAGGGCAUGUGAUCGUUUUUUUUUUUUUUUUUUUGUCCUCGUCUUUGGUAACAAUUUCUUGUAAAGUGAACCGCAAUGUUACAAAGAAGGUGUGACCAGAGGAAGGCAGUAGCAGAAGGAAGUGGGUGCCUGCCUGCUUGCCUGCCUGCCUGCCAGCCUCUCUGUCAGCAUAGAUAGCAUGUUGCAAGGUUUGUCCUCGCUCUCUUACACUGUGCUUGACUCCUUCUGAUGGAACAGGCACUUUGGAUCAGGAGGCAGCCAUGUUGCAAACAGUCAACACUGACCACUGCUGGUCAAUAUGAUCUGAAUUUGAUCAGAUGAUUCACUCUUUGAGAUGAGGGACGCACUUCCCAAAGCAAACAGAGAGAAACCUUUAGCCUUUACUGUGGGGGAGCUUGUAUUUUCUCAUCUACUGUAACUGAAAUUGUAUCUAAAGAAGUCUACUUUUUCUCUUUUAUGACAACACUUUUGUGACCAGAAGGCAUUAAAGGCAUAGUGUAUGGAUAUGGGCAUAUUUGGCAGUAUUUAUCAGGCUCCCUUGCGCACCCGUCAUGAAUCUACAGUGGCCUGCAAGGAAAAGAAGCUCCUCUGAUACAUGAUCUGCAUUAUAUUUCAUUUUUCAUUUCAUUAUUUCAAGUUUUUAAUGCCAACUUUUUCCACCCAGUGCGUAGCCAGUCACUCAAUCAAUCCAUAAAUGCACAUGCUACUAGUUUGUCCAAUAUGUGCCACUGUAGAAAAAAGGCUGCCUCCAUAUAAGGGUCAUAUAAAGAAACGACAGGUGAACAUUAUAUUCUACUUACAUCAAGUUUGUUCAGGCUGAUAAAAGGUGGAAUCAGAGUACUUUAUACUGGUGGCAUGGUCAGUGGCGGCCAUAUUGAAUUGUCUUAUGACUGAGUCCAUGUGGUCGCUCUCUCUCUCUCUCCCUCUCUCCCUCUCGCUCGCUCUCUCUCUCUCACUAUGAAAGGGAAAAUGAAGAGCAUCCAUGGUCCCAGUCACAAGGUUUCAGCCCGGAACCAAACCACGACAUUUUUCCCAAAUUAGUCACCAACUCCUCCGUUAAUCACCUCCUCCUCUAGGAAGCGAAAGUAACAAAACACUUGAACGUUCACACAUGCCUGUACACUAAUCUAGAUGAGCAGGUCAUCAACACAUUUGCCAAAGGAUUAGAUUGAGACAUCAAGAGCUUUAAACUUAAAAAAAAAAAAGUCCAUGUGUGAGAAAUAUGCUGUUUAACUCUGUUUCCCAGCUAAGAUAUCAAGUCCAAACCCACUCAGAUGGGUAAUUGACAGAAAAAUCACAGGGCUUUUUUUAACCAUUGGCAACAUGCAGAAAAGGAAAUAAUGUUAUUACCUGUUUGCAACAAACAAUGAGGGUUUCUCAGAGCUUAAAUGAUGAGUGGAGUGAAAUGAAAUUAAGUAAUGAAACUCAGUUUAACUCUUUAACAUAAAACAGAUUUAUGGCUGAUUGUGUUUAAAAAGCACGGCCCUCCUAUCCCUUUUCACUCUACAAUCACACUCUCACACACACACACACACACACACACACACACACUCACACUAACAGAGUGGAACCUCUGGUGGGCCUCUUUAGGAAAGUCCCCAGAUGCCAGACAGGCAGACUGGGAGGGAGACAGUGCUGUGAGGUCACCUGGUGGUGCUGCUGGUGUUUCUCUGUCCCAGGCUCAGCCAAGCAGAGACUAACGCAAUAAGAAUAAUGCUUAACCUCCACACAUAGUCAUGUACGGGGCCAGGCGCCUGCAGAGGAGAUCACUUCAGGCUGCUGUGUCACUGCUGGAACAGCUGCUGUACAGUACAGAGUUGUAGCUACAUUAAAAAACUGCUUCAGUAUGUAAAUGAGCUCUCUCACUUAUGUCAGCCUGUCUCAUUUUUCUGUCUUUUUUUCUUCCUGUCUCCCCCACUCUCUCCAGGAAUGGGAACUGGUGGUGUUGGGGAAGUUGAAGUGGAACUUGGCAGCAGUAACACCGAACGACUUCAUAGAGCACAUUGUAAGGAGGCUGCCGCUGCCCAAGGAUAAGCUGGCACUUAUACGCAAACAUGUCCAAACCUUCAUCGCCCUAUGUGCCACAGGUAGGACACAUGAAGAGUCUAUGUCACAUAAGUAAAUGUCCUCAGAUACUGACUGAAUUCUAUCAGUGUAUCAUUCGUUCAUUCCAUAUCCGUUUUAGAAUCCAAAAUCAGAAAACGGAUAACGACUUGUUAUUUCAUUUCUCGUUUUCAAAUCAAAAAUCGAAAAACAAAUAACGGCCUAUUUUUCGCUGUUUUGAUUUUGUUUUGAAAUUAAAAAUAGAAUAUGAGAGAAUGGAAUUAUCAUGGGAUUUUUGUUCUAUUCGUUUUUGGUUUGUAUCAUUUUCGAGGUGUUGUGACCCGGAAGUUGUUGACUUUUUUUUCUCAGGGAGGCCAGUCUUUAACCGCGCGGAUCUUGAAACCUGUUCACAAAGAUAGAGAAGGCGAUAUCAAUAGACCGCUAUGGCCGCACUAGAACAAUACGCCAAUGUUAUUAAGCAGUUGUUCGAAGCUGGUAAGACCCACGCAGACAUUUCGGAGACGUUGCAGGAGAUGGGUGUCCGUAGAUGCUCUGCAAUGAGUGUCAGACGUUUCUGCAUCCAACACAACCUCAGGCGGAAACGUCAUGUUACUGUUGCAGAACUGGAGAGGGCUGUGGUCAGUUCAAUAUACGAGGUAGGAAAAAAAAAGUCAAUAACUUUCGGGUCACAACACAUUGAAAAUGAUACAAACCAAAAACGAAUAGAACAAAAAUCCCAUGAUAAUUCCAUUCUCUCAUAACAAAAUCAAAACAGCGAAAAAUAGGCCGUUAUUUGUUUUCCGAUCUUUGAUUUGAAAACGAGAAAUGAAAUAACAAGUCGUUAUCCGUUUUCUGAUUUUGGAUUCUAAAACGGAUGUGGAAUGAACGAAUGAUACACUGAUAGAAUUCAAAGAUGAUCAGGAGGGGAGAACGAGAUCAAGAGGACUAGUUGUGUGUUAGUAAAGCAGAGGGACAGAGUGAGCACAGAGAGCAGAGCUGUUAAAAAUGAGUCAUAUGUUCACAGAAAGGGAUUCUUUCUUUGAUGUUGUCAGACUCUCGGGAUUAAGAUUCAAGCCCAAGAAUUUUUAGCGACGCAGUUUGAUCUAUCCCGCCCAUGUCACAGCCGAAGCAAUCAGCAGACGCAACUACAGAAUUUUUUUUUAUCCUUAUCAGGACAUUUUUAGCCCAAAGCAUGCAAGGAAAUAGUCCAGGAAUCCCUCUGAAAGAUUACUCAUGCUACUGAACACGCUGGACGCAAAGUAAUAAAAAAGGCCGUCUCUAAAAUCAAUCAAUAAUUGUGAACAAUGCUGGUGAGCUCAGUAUAGAUCAGAAUAAUUAUGAUUAGCUUUAAUUCUGCAGCCCUACAUUGUCAUCCUGAUAAAUAAUCCCUUUGUAAUUCGGUUCUCUUUUUUUUGUUGAUGUUGCAAGUGACUCUGAUCGCGAAGUAGCUGCCAAGUCAAGCCCAGCAACAACAGCUUGCAUCAACAUACUUUCUCACAUUGCAAAAUAUCUGUGUCUGCAUGUUCCUCCUUCUGCACAGAAUCAAAGCGCUCUCUCAAUAACAUGCGGCAACAUCUCUGUUCAGAGGUGUGCUGUGGGCCAGUCUCAGCCCGCCGUGUCUCUGCUUAAGUGCAUUACCUCCAAAGGGAAGGUAUUCUGCUUAAGAAAAGCAUGUGUCAUGGAAGAUAUUUCAGCCUUCGCCUCUAAAGCCCGAUGUCCAUCAUUUGUCUGGUCCCAGGCUGGUAUGUGGUCAUGUUUUAGAGGCGUAUCAGUGGCUUCCAGAGCAUCCAGUAACACUUCAAAGCAGAGCGAGCCUGGUUGAGGGGCAUUCCCAUGUCGCACAGGGUCGAGAAGAGGAAUGGACAGGGGAGGAGGCAGGCAGGCCAUUGUCUCUCUACUCUUGAGGUGAAUUGUUCCCUCAAGAUCAAACAUCCAUGGAGUGGUGGGAGGGACAGGGAGCCUUUAACAUGAUCUGAAGAGACGGCGAGAUCGAGACGGGAGAAGAUGCAGGAGGGAGCAGGGGAGUGAGGGAAAGCCAGAGGAGUGUAUUGUUUUUGCACUGCCAAUUCUAAGGCAUGUCAUGUUUUCAUAUCUCUUUCCCCGCCGCCUUCCUUCCCUCUUUCUCUCCCCACUAACUUCUCACGCCUCCCCACCCUACAGCUGGAGGACAUGAUAGCUUUCCCAUGUUGAGAUUCUCUUCAGGGCAGGUUUCUCCUGUUUGCGUCACCUUCAAAUCCGCAUUCAAAGCUACAGACGGGACAGGGCUACUUUUCUCUAAACUGCUCCCAAACAUGCUAGAUAAUUUCUCUUCACAUGAAUGAGGAAAUUACACAAUUCACCCACAGAGAGGCUGUUUGACACUCCUUUCUUUCUCACUUUCUGGGUAACCCCCACCACCAGCAGCGGCUUCCUUUUCUGCAGGCCUCAAACAGGAAUGCUAACUACACCCCCCUCAUGGGAAACAGCUCCUUGUGCUGACAUCAUUCAGAGGAGUGUGUGUAUACUUAGAUGAAUAGAUUCAAGGGAGGUGACAGGUAUUUACAACAUGAAGUGAUGGAAUUCCCUGCGCUGGUUGUGCAACAGAUAUGAUAGGGUGAGAAAGUUCCGCAGCAGAAUUUAGCAAACUUUGGCGAGGGAACGCCCGUUUUCUUUGUUUUACUGUCAGCCUGUCUUUUGCUUUCUCUGUAUAUCUGUUUCUCUCUCUCCGUCUCAAACCCUGCAUCUCUCACCCCUUAUUUCAUGCCAGCAAAUAAAUGUGCAAUGACAGCGCGUCUGUGAUCAGACUUAUUCCCUAAACAAUACUGGUGAAAGACUCAGCAUGCACUUUGUCCUUAAUUGCUUCAACGAUACAAUGGAAAUAAAUUUACGAGCCCCCUGGAGUCAUCCUCCUCACUUUGUGUUCUGUUGGAGAAACUUUCUGGAGAUAGCUCUGGAUUAGCAACAGGUCAUUUGUCUGAGUUUGCUCUCCUCAGACUCGUAUCCAGGCAAACAGAAAAGCAAGGGCAAGACAGAACGAGUGAGUGAGUCAAAGUUUUGGUGCAUCUGUAGAUCUUUUGGGAAUUUGAAACCCCAUUGGAGGAACGUUCCCAGCCAUAAAUCUUCGUGUUAUCUGGUGAGAAUCCUCCUUGAGACAUCCUCUGAGAAGGUAAAGACGCAGCAGAAGGAGGGGAUCUCUCAGGAGGAUUUACAUUUGCAAGACAGUUGACAACAGGUCACCUGUGGCCUUCCUAUUUCAUACGGCCUCAUUCAACCCACCACCCACCACCACUCCCACCACUGCCACCCCUAUACUGAAAAAGAAAACAUGCAUAAAACCACGGCUCUCUGUCUUCAAGAGAACAAGAGGGAGAAGAGGAGAAGUGGAGAAUAAGGCCUCUCAUUCCUAAUGGCUCCUCUCUUUUGAUGAAACAGUUCCGUUCGGGCCACUCGGUGGGAUUUUGUCAGGUGGCGCAGGCUGGCUCUGUAUUAAUUAAUAACAUUGGCUGGUCCUUUCAGGACUAUGCAAAUGGCUCGGGAGCUCAGCUAGAGGCUGGGAGAAAGGAGACAAAAGGCUUGGCCCUUACAUUUCAUAUGCAGAGCCAUGCGAGGGUCAGCGCUGCGGGGCCACUUGAUAGGAAACACCAGCGUUUCCCUCAGGCAGGCCGCCGGAUAAUAGCCCAGAAACAAGCUCAUUAAGGGAGAUUAUGAACCUCCAUUCCUGCACACAGACACCAAGCACUCCGAGCUUCCUCUUCUAUUCUUAUUCAAUUGAGGUAAAGUGGGAGAAUGGACGGGGUGCAUGGGGCAGACAGAUGCACCCCAACCUGUCUGCUGCAGUUAUUGAGCACCGUCUUCUCGCCAUAUUGGCAGGGAUUAUGGUCUAUUUUUUUAAUACCGGCUCCAAUAGCCCCUCUGUAAUGGUAUGGAUGGAAUGGUGACAAUAGUCAUAGAAGUCGAUCAAAAGAAAAUUCUGGACCAGGGCCAGCCGUGCUGUCCAAGAAAGAGUCAAUUGUCCCUGAGGACACAAUGACGACUUUGCUACAAGUCUGGAUGUAAAUAACAAGAGCUUUAAGUAUGAGAGCGUAGAGACUCUUUGAUUUGAAAAUGGUAUGUGACCAUUAUUUUGUCGUUUGGGAAUGUCUGAGACUGUGUGAGGUAAUUUGAUGAUUAACUGGUUUAGUUUUCUGAGAGAAACUAAUGACUCACACGCUAACAAGGAGAAGAAAAGACGAGCUGUGCUGCACAGGUUCACUCGGUACGUUUCGGUGCACAGUUAGGUCAAGCUACCGUUAGAGUCUGAUCAGGGGACUCAGUUGGAUCUACUCUUCUUGUACCAGUAUGAAAGCUCAACGAGAAUCAAUUUAUUGAUUAAAGUAUGUCCUCCUCUGCUACAGCUUGUGGUAACAUGCCCCACUCUGUUAGUCACUUUUAGACAGGGUGACUGUACAUCCUCUUUUACCCAAACAUGUCCUCUUUUUGGGAGGGCUGUCCAACCUGCCUGGCCGUGUCCAAAAGAGUUUAUAAAAUCCUUCAAAUGUCAGUUUUUUUGUAUGGAAGGUUUGAGUUUGUGUUGCAUGGACUAACUGAGUUAGAAGCGUGUAAAAAACACUCAACCGGACCCGAAAAACUCUCAAAAUUAACCACCCGAGACUCCAUGACUCCGCCCCGUGUAGUAGUGUCCUCUUUUUGGGGAUUCAGAAUAUGGUCAUCCUACUUUUGGACCUUCAAAUGGUGACAUCUGAAGGUAUAAAACAACGCCUGCUUCCUUUGACACAUGACAACCAUCCAGGUCAAAGCCUGGCAUGUGAACUGAGAACCAAGCGCAUAAUGCCUUGACUGGUUUAGGACUGAUUGAGGCAUGUACAUGCAAGAGAAAAUGCAUCCCCAGCCACAAUGUCUCGGUAUGUUGAUCCCAUAAAUUUGAUUUAGUGCAAUUACAGUUGGGCCAACAUGUUUGUUCAAGUCUGAAAGUCCAGUUGAAGUCAGACAAACACAGUGAAUCCAUUUUUGGAGCAUAGUGUGAAUGAACGCUCAUGUAUGGAAUCUUUUUCAGCUGAUAUUUAAAAAUAUUAUGCAGUUUCAAACCCUAAAGAAAAGUAGAAAACAUGCACACAUACAGAUUUUAUUGAGCACUUGAGCCUUUGUUUUGAUAGAACAGCUUGAAAUGGAAGAGAAAUGCAGCAGUGAGACGUGCACCAAUUGAUGGCUGGAUUGGGAAUUGAUCGCACAACCAGUCUUUGAAUUCUUUAAUUCUGUUUAAAAUGUGCGUGGAAGUCCAAACAGACAGAGGAGACGCAGGGCUAUAUUUAGGUUAGUCAGAGCCUAACAGUCUUGGGUUUGAUUUCAAUUGUUUCCUCCACUGCUGUCCGAACUGUGCGUCUUGAAUUCUUGAGGCUUCUUGUGUAUACAGGAAGAGACAGAGUGUAUGCAAACUUGCCCAUUUUCAUUCAACAGUCCGAUAUUGUGAAAUGACUCACAAGUCCUUUUGUGAAGUCUCACUGGUCCAGGGGCAGGAAUGCUUCAUGCAGCUUCCUCUCCUCUCCUGGCUGCCGCACUGAGAAUCCCCUCCAGGCCCGGCUCUUCAUUCUGGAGUCGAAUGAUUCGUCUCAGAUGUGGUCAAUGAAAUGGUCGUUACUGGUGUUUGUUUACAUAAAAACCCCCUUCAUGUUUGAUGAGUCAGAACUCCAACAAAUUGGCCGCCACCUCCAUCAAAUUAUCAUCUCUCCACACGCUCCACUGAUGUGAGGAGUCAUGUCCGGUCAGGCUGCAUCGUCAACACUUGAAGCAGGAAGAAGCCUCCCGAAAGUAUGCUCCCAAAAAUGUGACACACAGAGUGAAUCAUGGAGUGGCACGUCCUGAAUCCCCCGCUUUCCUCACCUCGCUGCUGUAACCAGCACCAUACUUUAAAUACUGCGGCCAGCUGAGUCACAGCAGACACAUGAAGACAGACGCUUUUCGCUUCAGAUGCUUCCGCUAUCCCACCAAAGAGGGUCAGCAAUCAAAAUGGUUUGGAGCUGACGUGUUUACCUUGGAGGUCAUGUUAACCACAAAGACUAAUGUUUGUGAUUUGAGCUUGAGUAAAUGUUAGCAGCAGAUAGUUUGACCUGAGCCUUUUUUGUCAUGACACCAGAGUUGUCCUCCAACUUUAUUCUUCCCUGGAGCAGACUCUUUAAUUCCUUCAGCUGAGCUUCCCAUUUGGUCUUAAUCACAUCAGCUCCAGAGAUGGUCACUGAAAAGGAGGAGAGGGAGCGUACGCAUAAAGGGCAAAGACUGAGCAACCAAAAUAGGAUUUCCAGUGUGGAUAGAAGUGGACUAUUUCUGCAUCCUACCUAGAAUGUGAUCCAGAGCUGCGCCCCUGAGUUUACUGACUCCCAGAAGAGUGGGCUAGCACAGUGAGACGAUGGUGUAAGACUGAAAAGAGGUGAAACAGGAUGCUGCAAACCAAGGGAGAGUCUGUUUUAUGCCAAAUUACUUGAUAACUACACACAUGCCUGUUGUUUUCAUAUGAAUUGCAGUGUUUAUUUUACAUUAAGGAAGUCAAUCAUAUGACAUGAUAUGCAGAACCCUAACCCUAUUCAAGAGGGGUGGACACAUCUGUAGAUUAGCUCAAUAAUUACAUGAAUAACUUCUGAAUUGAAAUGAAAUAAAACAACAAAAAAAGAAGUAAAACAUCCUGUUACAUAUACAGCUUACACCAUUCAUUCAGACAAAUUCUCUCGUAAACUCAAUCAGAAAUAAAGCUUUUUGCUGUUGAUGCAGGGGGGCAGCCAUCUCGGAUUUUGAACUCGGGGUUGCUGAAGUUCCUCUGAAUUCCCGAGAAGGAAUUCCAGCUUCAGGAGGCGUUCAGAGUGACUUCUCUGGCAGGCGCCGCAACAUUUCUGACUUCCGAGGUCAAAAGUAAUGCACCGGGGGUCGCACAUUAUUGCCACCUCCUGGCUUUUCAACUGUUUCUGCGUUGUCGUGUGGACAGAAAAUACCCCCAAACUUUUCUGGUGUGGACAGAGUUGAUUUGCGAAAACAGAAAUCACUUUUUUAAAAGUUUCCGGACGUUGCCUCCGCCUCUUCCAAGUUGUGUUUUUUGUUUGUCUCCUGAGUGACAGUCUGGAGCAGGAGCAGAUGGAAAAAUGGCAGACUGCAGUAUCAGGUUAUCAGAAUCAGUGAUUUCACCUCUUGUUCUGUGUGGAGAAACUCCCCGAGCCUUGUCGUUGUUUGUGCGUCUCAAAGCUACAUAAGGUAAAGGGUCUGAGGAGACUCUACAAACCUUGUUUUGACUACCAGACUGUGUUGCAUUAGCGGUGAAACAUACUGUCAGUCCAAUCCCAAAAUGAUGUUUGUUUUUGGCCUUAAUCAGUCAACAGGCCCGGAGUCCUGGUGAUGCUGCUCCCUUAAUAAACACGGUCAAUAAGCGCUACACGUAUAGAAUACAAGACCCUGAUUUAUAGCGCUGGAGAGGGAGCGGAGAAGCUGGGAAGGAGAGUUUCUGACUUUUUUUUCUUUCUUGUUUUGGCUGUUGUUCAACUUUCCAAGUUUAAUUAAUUUACAAGUUUAAUGUGCAUACUGUGCAUCACAGCCACCCAAGAGGAGUGGGCCAUGUAGGGCAGCAGACUGUGUGACCAGAGGCCUGAGGAUGAAGUUUCAGGGGGUAGGAGCACGAAGAAAUGGAGAUGAGGGGGCGCAGGGAGGAGAAAGGGCCAUUGAAGGGGGUGAGAGGCGUGCAGGCCAGACCAGCCAGCCGCUGCUCACAGGGAGCUUUCCAUCGCAGGCGUCCCCACUCAGCUACAUACACUGUUUAUCCUCAGCAUGAAUAUCAAUGAGGGGCUCCUAAAAUACGGCCAUUCUUCCCCCCACAUGCAGCAGCCACCAGGCCGGAGUGUCAGCCCGCAUCGGCUGCACGCGCGCGUCCUUGUUCUGCUACAGACCUGUCUUGUCUUGAGUGCGAAAAAUCAGCUUGCUGCCCACUGCCCGCCACUCAGCUCUCCCACAAACCUAUGUCUGUGCUGGUUUUGUGUUUCUGUGUGUAUAUGUGUGUGUGUUUGUGUCUGCAUCUUAAAGCAGGCAGCCAUCAGUGCAUUGUUUCCCUCCCGUGUCUCCUAGGUGUCUGCCUCCCUGCCUGUCAGUCUGCGCUCACUCCACACGUACAGUAAAUCCAUGUAUGCCUUUGUCCUUUUACCCACCCUUAGAAAGUUGUGCUCUUACAGCAGUGAUGUAAUGCUGAGGGGCUUUGUGUGCUCUUUCCUCUUGGCUCGAGGUAGCCUUAAUAAAUCGCCUUGGCAGAGGCCCAGCGGCUAACACAGGGGUGUAUAAUAAGUUCAUUUAUUUGUCAACACUGAGCCCACAAGAUGAGAAAGCGCCUGGCUGUGCAUGUUAAAAAGGCAGUGAGGGGCUGCCUUUACAGCUAUCAAAGGGCCUACCUCUUUGAUUCCACAUAAAAAAAAAAAGAAGGAAGAAAAAUCUCCUUCAGAGCCAUCGCACGCAGUUUGCUUUGCAAUUGAAUAUGGCAAUAUGUUAAUGCGCAGGCUGUUUCUCUGCCCCGCUGCCCACUCCUCGAGCCCAUAGGUGGCCCAGGAACAGAGGCAUACUUGUGGGGGGGGAAGGGGGGUGGAGACAGGAGGUGAGGGUCGCUGGAGGGCGACUCUUUUCUUCUUCCAAAACCUCACAAGAGUCUGGACACUGACUUGAGAGUGAUGUGCAUCAGAGUUGUCCACCCCCUCUCCUCUCCCAGCAAGCCCACCACCUUCCCCUUCCUUUCUCCUUGUUGCCUUGUCGCCAUACCGUCCAUCCCUCCUUCUUCAUCUUCCUCCCCCCGCCGAGCCCCUGUCCCCCCCGUCCAGCCGCAUUCUUUGUCCGGCCUGUCUGGUUGAAUUGGUAUCAGCAGAGAGGGGAUGGAUGCUGUGUCUCUCAAUUGGGUGAAAUGAGGUGAUGACUCUGGACAAUGGAGUCACACUCUUCUGCCUUCCCCCUCGCAGGCCCGCCACUCUAUUAAUAUGCUAAAAGAUAGGAGGACCGCCAAUGCAAACCGCUGCCUGUUGUAGCAACAAAGAGUGGGGCAUGUGUGCCAUUCACUCGCCCCAUCUAAGCAGUCCAUGUGUUGUCCAAAAAGAAAGGUAGAAGUUGAGCAAGACAUAAAAAGAGAAUAGAGAAAGGAGCAAGUGUGUGUGUGUGUGUCUGUGUUUUGUGUGUGUGUGUGCGCGCGUGAGUGUGGAUGUGUGUAUGUUAACGCAUGUUUGUGUGAGUCUGUUUGUGAAGAGAAAACUUUCUCUCUCUCUCUCUCUCUCUCUCUCGCUCUUACUCUCUCUCUCGCUCUCUCUCACUCUCUUUCCCUGAAUGCCAGUUGCCUUGCCUUUUCGGGCUUCUGGCCCGUUCACAAGCUGUCUCAUUUGCAUUAUGAAUGACAGUGAGGGGAGCUAACAAGGUUAUUGGUCUUUGAGACGCACGCCUGUGACCACACGUGGAAAAAGGACCUACAGCAGUGAGCAUUGGCAGAGGCACUGAGCCUCUUUAUUCCUCCCUUUCCAAGCGCUAUGGGGCUUUUUUCAGCGAGCACACGAUUUACUCAGGAGAUGGAAGAAAAGGGGCCGGGCUGGGGGAAGGGGGGCUGGGGUGGGGAGUGGGUGAGGUUGGUUGCUUUUCAGCUCCUUUACAAGCCAAGUGAACCCUCAUUAUCCAGGCCCCUGGUCAUUAGUGAGCGCUGCGUUCAGGCCUGCUGCAAUAGAAGGAUUAUUUAUUAGCUGACUGCUAGAUGACCAAAUCAAAGUGUCUCUCAUAUCUCUGCCCUUUUUGUGGCACAUUUGUAUUAAAAUAUGCACUUAAUUCAGCAGGUGUAUAAUAAAUCAAGUGUAAAUCACUCGUUUUAAUGUCAUUUAUACUCUGAAGUGAAGAGGCAGGUAUUUUCCCCUCACCUGGAGGACCAGUGUGUAAUUUUUGUGCUCUUUACAAAUUGAAAAUAUGGAAGUCACCUUUGACUCAGUCAGUAUUUUCUCCUCUUACAGAUUUUAGAUUCGCCAUGUAUCCUCCCUCCAUGAUAGCCACAGGAAGUGUGGGGGCAGCAAUCUGUGGCCUACAGCUGGACUCAGCCGACCAGUCACAGUGGGGCGACAGUCUGACAGACCUGCUGGCCAAAAUCACAAACACAGAAGUGGUGAGUUUACUUUAAAUCCUCUGUCAAACCCUCAGCUCUUGUAUAUUCAUCUUUUAUGGAGGGGGAAUUCACUGAAACACUGAACCGCAGUUCUAGCUUGAUACCUUAUAUUUGGAAAUGUUUCGGGAUGUGUCUGAUGCUGCUCAUGUGCUGCUUUGAUGGUCCCAGUUUUCAGGUUGGAAAGUCAAUCCUCUAAACUUUGGCGUUUACCUUCUCUUUGGAGAGUCAUUAUAGCAUCACCUGACUUUUAAUGCUAAAAGACACUCAAAUAUGACUUACCAGGCAUGUUAUCAAGACUUAAAUAUCAUACUGUUGAUAAAUAUAAUGGUAGUCAGCAAGUCCUCGGCCUAAGAUUCUGAGCUGGUUGUUUUCAACUGAGCAGGUGUUUGUUUCUCUGUCAACAUCAGCAUCUCCUGGACUCGGGGUCAAAUCUUCUGUUGCCGUCGUAAUACGCUUUUUCUAGCUGUGGCCAGUUUACAUUUGUACUUAAUUACCCCGUUUAACCUAAGCAGUUACGACUGAAAGCAAAGACCAUUGGGUACAAUCACAGCAGGAUUAAGUAGAGAUCCUUUUUUGACUUAUAUCCAGCUUUGGAUAUACUUUGGAUGUGGCCUGAUUUUGAAGCCUGCCUGGACUAGCACUGUCCUCUCAUUGCUCUGGUCUGUCUCCUCUGAGCCUACAAAUGUAAAAUUCCUCAACAUCAAGCAUAUACAUCAUGUUUCGUUGCUGGGAGGGUUGCAGGCUCAGUUGUUUUGUCCGUCUGGGUGCAUUGAAGGUUGCAAUGGUAUCUGGGCUGAGUCCAAACACAGACAGGGCCUCUACUGACUCCGGGCCGCCUGGCUUCCAUCAUGGCGAUGAGAGAGUGCGUCAGCUGGCUGCAGUACUCUGUGUAGGAUGUGUAGGUGGGAAAAGCUGCCAGGGAUAAGAAGAAGGAAAUUGUUAGAUGAUAUGUUACGUGUUAUUAGUCUCUUUGGAGAAAUCUGACUUCUGUAUUUGACCCAUUCUAACUGUCUAACCUCAGCGCAGCUCUGGUUUAGACACCACUGCCUUGGCACGAGUACUGCCAAGCAUGAUGAAAAAGGCUUUCAGUCGGUCAUGGCAGACUUAAUUUAAACGUGAACAUACAGAGUUCAUGUGUGCUCACUGCACAGGGAGCAGAUCAAACAACGUGACUUGGAUCCUGAGCCUCGGCCCUGGGAUGUUAAACUCUGUCCUUAAUGGAGGCAAAGUAGGAGGAGGAGGUGGAAGAAAGCUGUCAAAGUGUAAAAAGGACACUGAGGUGGUGUCAUGCCUCCCUCUGAACAAUCAUCCCUCUCUCGUCUCCUCCUAUGGCCCAUAAUGCUUCACUGCUGGAAAGCAUGGCUCCCUCUGGUGCGAGCAGUGUGAAGUCUCGCUCAGCAGCUGAGGAAAAACAAAUAGCUGACCUCAGCAGCACAGGGCCUCAGUGUGUUUAGGCUGCAAGGUCUCAGACUUGAGGGAAUUAAGUCGCUCUGUGUCUCUGUGAUCAACCCCUCACAUUCCUGGAUUCAGACAAGCCAUGGCUCGCAGAAAACCCACAAGGCAGAGCUCAGGGCACCCUUCCUAAUUCAACAUAUAUGAGAGGCUGUAGUAUCACAUUUAAGUCUCUAUUAUAAGCCUGACAAAACUGGAGAACGCCUCCAAAGAGCUAACAUCGCACUUCUGCACCUCUUCUGAUACAACAGAUAGAAACACACCCAGUGACAGUCGCUCUGAGGUAGCAGUCAGCAGUUAUUCUUGGCUUCAGUGCUAUUUACACUGUUCAUUACUGUUUGAACAUGAAGUCUUUUCACACAAAGAAAGAGGAAAUGGUGCUCACUGGCACUGUCAUUUGACACAUUUACCCGACCUCCCUUUUCCCAAAAGCUGAACCACAUUAUACGUCAGUCUAACACCCAAGGGUCACCUUGACUCUAGUUUGGACUGCAGUCAUCAGGGUGGUGGUAUGAACCUGAAUUUAAAUGUGUACACAUACUGUGUUUGGUUUUGGCUGCCAGUGUAGAGGCGUUGCAAUUUGGUGGUGCAGCGUCUCAGCCAGGCGGAGCAAGAGCCAGGCAAAAUAUGUAGGCAAAACAAGUUUCGCCAACCUCUGCAGCUGCUGCUGCCAACAGCACCACAGCCAGCGCCAUCCCCCUGGCACCCUGUUGGCAUCCCUGGUAUCCAGAAGCUGUGGUUUUCCAGAGGAAACGUGAUAGGGCCAAGUCACCAUGUUGGGCGGCUGGAAGAAUGCGUGUAGCCUCACAUGCACCUGGUGUGGCCACGAGAGGCUCCCUGUGAGGAACAGUACAUGAGGCUGUGUGCAGAGUCAUGAUGUACAGAGAGAGAAAAUUACAAACCCAAUUCUGAAGGGUCGAGUAGCUGAGUAAGAAAUUAUGAUUAAAUGGCACUUGGUGGCUGGCAAAUCCAUUUAAAGCCUGUAAUUAAUUAAAGAUAGUGCAAAGACAACAAAUAAUACAGUUAAAUUGAAAAAUGUUAUUGUAUUAUUGGAAAUUUCUGCUGAUUUUCAGGCAACAGAAACACACUUUAAGAUAGUAGGUACAGGAACAACAAAAUAAUUAAAAAGUUGUGUAAUUAAAAAAAAAAAAACACUGCUUGGAUUAAGAUCUUCCAGUUAUUAGCAUUUCACAGAGCCAGAGGACCAGAGCACCUUAAAAUUAUAAUGGGAGGACCUUCAGGUUGCAUUGCAUAAACAACCAACAUAACUCUAUAGUGGAAACCACUAUAUGGGCUCAAAUACCCAUUAAAAAAAAACAUUGUCUAGGAACACAGUUUGUCGCUGCAACCACAAGAAAUAUGACAAAAGAGACCCUAAAGUGUUGAGCAGCCGUAAUCUCAUAUCAUAUCAGACCCUUAAAAACUCAACAAACUGAGUCUUUUGGUUCCUAAACCCUUACACGGUGUGAAAAGAAGAGGCGAUACAGUAGGGCGGAAAAAUGUCCUAAUUUUUUGGAAAGUGUUGCUGUUUUCAAACAGACAAUUAUCAUAUAUUUUUCAUAAACUAGUCAUAUUUUUCAUUGUCAACAUUUAAUCUGUUGUCUUUGCACCAUUUUAAGUUGAAUUUAAGCUUUGAACGAUUUUAAAAUAAUCUAAACCUUUCUCAUUGACUUUUAGGAUAGAAGAAAAAAGAAUAAAUGCUAAAAAAAAAAAAAAAAAAAAAAAAACAGUCAGUAGAAACAGGCUACAAGGGCAGGGCUUCCUCUUUAUUUUUUGAAUGAUUAAAAGGGGAAGCAGAGGUUAGCUUGAAGCUUGAGGACCACCACUUCCUAGAUUUUAUGGUUUUUGUCUCCAUCUUCGUCUCUCAUUCAUAAUUUUUUUUUCUCAGGGUCACACAGCAAGACAACGGAAACACAUUUUCCACUUAUCUUCCUCUCAUACCAUUUUCAUUCCUCUGUCUUAAUCGUUUUUGUUUCCAGUAAAAAGCUCUCACAUGAGUGUCUAGAGAACGGAUGCAAAAUGGAAAUCCGUACUUGAGCUGAUCGGGUUUAUUAGUGCUUAAGAAUAUGUUGCAACAAAGACGCUGUUAUUGGAGAGUUCAUCUCUGUUCACACAGCCUGUGCUGUCACUGUUUGUGGUGAUUUAACAUGCCGGCUCGAGAAUAAGAAAGGUCAUUUUUUUAUAAUCUAGUGGAUAUUUGAGUCAUGUGGUGACUUCUAAUUUCCAGUGUCAGCCUCCGGAUAACAUUCACUGAGAUCAAGUGUGUGUUGUCAGUGUGUGUGUGAGUGUGUGUGUGUCUGCCUGUGUGUUUGUUUCAGCUGUCUGACCACUAAGUCCUCCCAGAGUAGCUAACACGGUCUUGUGUGGUGUAGUCAGCAGUUAAAACACAUUCCAUGGCUUCACACAUUUCUUCCUUUUGGGUUUGUCUGUCUGCACGACUUCCCCCCUACUGCCAGUGUCACAAAGGCCGCCCAGAAGAUAAUGUGCAUGCCUGAGUUUGCCAGAAAGACAGACUGUCGCAGAAUAGUGCAUGUUUAGUGAAGGACUUGAAAAGAAAAGCGGAAUUUUUGCUUUUUUCUUUCGUUGAAGCUUCAUUCAAGCCCUGCUUCCCGUGAACAACAUUUCCAGUUUUGUUGGCCCCACCAGAAUCUCAGGACCUAAAGCUUCUCUAAAAACAGUGUUGGUGUUUCCAGUAGUCACACAUUGAAGUCAUUAAAGUUUCUCGAAUAAAGCCCAUGGGUCUUGGCAUAGGAUCCGAAUCACUGCUCUUUAGAGCGGCAGGGAUGAGGGGAGUGAGUCUUUUAAGAAGUGAAGGCGUGCAUUCUUGCGGUGAGACACAGGCAGUUCCUUUACAUGUUCUUUGCUCUACUUAAUUUUCUCACAGGAUUUGAGUUUUUAUGACCAAUGGAGCACAUGUUGGUGGGAAGAUUUUGUGUUUGUGUGUGUGUGCACAUAGCCUUGUUAGUGGCCAACCUCUGGAGGAGAUUAAGGGACAGACGCUGGUCGGGUUUCCUCCACGUCAGAGUUGUUGCAAAAUAAACGAUCUCCUGGAGGCACCGAGCCUGGAUCAGUCUGAACUCCUCUGUGUCGAAUCAAUCUCUAUGGAUUGUGACGGAAAAAAUCUCUCUGAGCUAAUUAUGAUAGAUUGAGUACAGUUUAAAAUAAGGGAUUUCGAAGAAGGACUUAUAGUACCCCGUGAAGGCUGGUGGAGGAACCUCAUCAGUGGUCUUUUCUUACAGGAGAUAUUUUUGGACGUCUGCAAGAAAGACCCCACCUGUGAGGUAAAAGCGUUCACAUGCAAAGAAUUUUAAAAAAUCAUCCAUCUGGAAAGUUCGGUUACAAGUCAGAAACACGUCGUUUCCCUGUGACAACACAUUCAUGUCUCACCCUGUAAUAUGUCAUGCUGUUUGACCUUUGACUCUGUGACCUUUCGGCACUCACCCGUGUGCAGCUCCCGAAGAGCAAUUCUGAUGUGAGUGAGGUCUCAGUUCUCUUUUCAUCAAGACCCAGCAGCACCAGCAGCUAUAACACAGGCUCAAACUGUGGCCCAUCAGGUUUAAAUUAGCUGUAAAUUUCUGAAGAAUGUUUCCCUGCUCCACAAGCGCUACACUUUCACCCAUCCCUCCGGCCAUGGGGCGCUCUCAGUCAUGUUUCCCACAGACGCCUGGUGCUUAAAGGCAGGGGGUUAUGCAUGUGUGUGCGUGUGGAGCUGAAAGCCAGCUAUUGAGCUUCAGCUGUGUUGUCACAUAUUGCCACCGGAGGGCAGUGUUAGCUCUCCGUCAGCUCUUCCAGACAGGAAUUUUCACAUUAGUUUGUUUUGUUGCAGCAGUCUGCUCUGACUUCUCGGUUUAUUCAAUCAUUGUCAUCACCACUCCUCACACAAAAACGGUUUGACCUCACACCGAUGCUCUUGCUAGCACCUCAUUUAGCACUUCUCUGCCCUCCUCCAAGCCGCCCCCCCUCUCUGCACCGUGGUGUCCCCUCUGUCAACCCUCCAUCAGGGGAGGAUAUGAGGGCUCAGCCCUGUUGAGAGGCUCCUCUCCCAGGUGGAUUCUCUGGUUGCUGCGGCGGCCUUUGAUGGUGAAAGGCGAGCCGGUCGGGUCUCAGAUGGAUCCCCUGCAGGCAGGCAGGCACACAGACUGGCUCUCGUUAAAAAAGCACCACCUUUGUGUUCCCACAGGAGGUGGAUGUAAUUAACAUAGCUUUAGUACUACCUGUGUUUUCAGCCGCAGUUGUCAAGGCUACUACUGUUUGGGUUUUGUGUGUGUGUUUGGGACUAGCGGAGGAGAGGGAUAGGUGGGUGGUUGGAUGGGGUAGGAAGGAGUGUGUGUUCAUGCAUGUGUGCGCGUGUGUUUGUGUAUGUGCACAUGAAUACUAUAGGGGGUGUUCGGUGCACAACCCUGGUGGGCUGAUGUAAUGCUUGAGUCUGGUCUGUGUCUACUCUGGAGCUGCUUGAGAAUCACUGGUCAUUUGAAACCUCUGGCCCAGGCUGUCCAGGGGCCCCUCUGCUGCCACACCAGGGGCCCCUAGUUUCACAGCAUUGACUCAAGUUUUCAAACUUUUUUUUCUUGACUUGCCCUGUGCCGUGUAAUUUUUAUACCUUAAACUGCAUCCUUGAAAAUGUAACUCAACUAACCGUGCAGUUGAAAACCAAACUCACGGUUAACUCUUGUCAGAAAUGUGCUCCUAUGUUUAUGCACAACCUACGGAAGAUGAGAAUGGCCAUGGAUUUUUCUUUUUUUAUGCACUGUUAUCUCAUGAUAACAACUUAUUGUCAUGUUUGCUCAACAUAAAAAUAGUUUUCUCCCGAUAACGAAUUAAUUGAUAAUGUGUGCACCAUUGAUACCGCUGUUGUCUGAUUCACGCAUGGCAGUUAAGUGUUCCCACAUUGAAAGUGUAACGCGCAUGUGUGGCGCUUGCAGUCAGCAUCUUCAUUAAAAACUUUGGCUUGUUGUUGGAGGGUGUUAUUAAAAAUUACAGUUUUAGGUUGGCAAAAUAAUCGGUCAUUGCGAGAAAACAAUCUUUGUUAUAUCGAGACAACGAGAUAACAAGUCAAAACAGUGCGUAAAAAAAAGAGAAAUCUAUGGCCGUUCUCGUUUUUCCGUAAUGACCACCUUACAUUUUCAGAUUAUGUCACUUGGACUCUCACACUUUAAAAACACUCUACUUGCUAAAUGUGAGGCUGGACGACUGAGUAUUGUGUGCAGGAAGAGGAAGCUGCUUCGGCAAAAAACAACAGUUUCUGUGUUUACAUCACUACAACAAACAAACAGACAUGACAUAACACAACCACAGUAGCAGAAAACAGAACACAGAUAACAGUGGUGAGCAGUUAAGAGUAGAAAAACUUGAUGCAACUUUUUUAACCAGUUGCUGGCUGGAAAGAAUCUGGAUGAUGUCAAAGUGAUAAUUUAAACAUUUGUUAUCGCACAUGUAUCCUCCUUAGAUCAGUCGGGACAUUUUAGCAGCGCAUUAAAGGAGCUUAUGUGAGAACAAUCCCUUAGCCAUUGGCAAAUACAGUAUGUUCAAGUUUGUUCAUUCUGUGCAAUAGUAGAAAGAAGAUGGCCUCCAUGGAGGGUGACUCACUCUUUACAUAGAUAUAAAACUCAUUCUAAGUUACUGAAAACAAAACUGUUUUUAUUAAGAUAUGAUUGUACAUACUUUACAUACAUUUUAUCUUUCCAUAGCUCAAAUCUUUGACAAUUAACACGAAACAUUUUAACAGUUUGUCCCUCUGGCUUUGCCUUACAGGAUGUUCUGAAAGCGUGCCAGGAGCAGAUCGAGCGUGUGUUGGUGAGCAGCCUGCGUGAGGGCCGGCAGCAGCAGCAACAGCAACAGACACAGAGAGGCCCCAGCGGCAAAGGCCUGGAUGAGCUGGAUCAGUCCUCCACCCCAACAGACGUCCGCGAUGUCAACUUGUGAACCACUAGAGGGCAUCAUUGCACAGGAUUUACAAAUGAAAAAAAAAAAAGAAAGCGUCAUGAAAAAAAAACUCAAUUUCCUUAAAAGCAGAAAAAAAGAACAAAAGAACAAAAAAAUGUUAAAAAACACAAGCCCUUUACAAGAAAAAGAACAAUGCUUGCUAGUUUUUUUGUAGGUUUUCUGUUCUUUGAGUCAAAAACACCUGCCCACAACAUAGAUUAUCUAUAAUGCUCCUGUCUCAAAGCGACAAAUUUGAUACGAAAAGAAGGUGUGUGGUGCCUUGGAUAUACAGAAGGGAAGCCAAUCAUAUUUGCAUUCUGCCUUUGAUUGUACAGUUUGAUCUUUAAGUUAUAUUUUAACCAUAGCUUGAUAAUGAGGCUGAUGUGGUAGAAGUUGCUGAAUCCCUGCAGAAGUUGCAUCCAUGGGAUCACAGUGAGGCUUCAGUUCUUUCUCUCUGUUUUGUUCGAUGAGUAUUAUUACUUUUACUUACACGGCUGAGGGGUCACCAUGUGUUCACGCUCGACCUGAACUCGGUCAGAACGAGCAGAAGCUGAGGGAGCAGUAUGCUAAAAAGUGGAUGGGACCCAAUUCCAGGGAAGAGACAGAUUGAUUAUAAUUAUAAGUAGUAUUAGUAAUAACUAUUAUUAUUAAUUUUAUUAUUGGACAUAUUUUUGGAAAAUGAGUAGUAAGAUCAAUAAGCUCCGUUUGUCAGGCUGCUUGUGUGUUAGUUUGUAUGUGAGUUUAUCAGUUUGUAUGCAUACCUGUGUGCAUGUGUGCGUGAAUGCUACACGUGAUCCUGUAUCUAUAUAAGCAGAGUGCAUCCUACGACGUGAAGCACUUGAGCAAAGUCGAGUCGUAGACUUUACUGUUCUUCGUUUAAAAGGCUAAGGAGCAAGCGGAGGCUACACAUACUUUGUCCGUCAGUAUAACAGGACAUCUUUGCUAUAUCACUGCCUUCCUGCAUUAACAGUGUGUAUCAUGAUUCAUCGUUGGCCAACAGUAAACUUAUGAGGAAGAGAGAGGUGAUGAGAGGAGAGGGGCAAACAGGCGAGAGGACUUAGAGCCUGCUAUCUUUCUAAGAGCAUUUUCAGACGCCAUGUGAGGUGUUUGUUCAUUACUGCCAGUCUGUUGAUGAAAUAUUACAGAUUCUUUUCACUUUGUUACAAUAUGGUGUUUCCUGAGUUGUGAAAGGCUGCUUUGAGUCUAGGCGGAGUAGUAAUGACCUCUCAUAUGUGCAGCUUCUGGCACAUGUGAAACAGGAGAGGGUUUUGUCUUGAAGAAAGUAAGGAUAUGCUUGUAAGGUCUCUGUAUUCUUUUGCAUGAAGAGAACCAGGUGUUGCAUCAAAAGAAUGCAAAAGAGAGGUUUUUGACUAAGAUGUCACUGGUGGACAGAGAGGAUCCAGUGGUGCAGGAGCAUGCUGCUGUGUAGGAGACAGGGAGGAUUUACAGCCAGUGGCUGGAAGAUGAUAACAAAUAAAAGACACCCAAAGGUAUCACAAUAAAACUUUGAUAUCUGCUUUUAUAGAUGGAAUCAACUUCGGUUUUUAUAAUAAGUGUCUACAACGACACAGCUAAGUGAACAAAAGCGUUCAUGGUUUCCAUUUACAUGGAAGUUAAAAGAGGAACUAAGACUGUACGCUGCCAGAUCAUGUGAGGAUGAACUUUUCAAGGGGUGGGGUGGGUUAGAGGAGUACAGGAUGAGGAUAUACUGUCAAUGCAUCUGGAGUCCCACAUAGGGUUGUUUUCAGCUCCCCUAUAUGAUUUCAAUGGCAAAGCACUUUGAAAACAUGCUCCCCAGGAGAUAAUUAAAAUGAAAUGCGAUGGGUGGUGAUUGGAGGUGAAUGGAUGUUUUCUUUUUUUUUCCUUGUUAGCCUUUUCUUUGGUUUACGCUGUAGGGCUGGUUUCCCAAUCAUCAGACAUACCCUUGUCGAGCAAGAGUCAAAUUAAAUAUGCUUUCCACAACGUUUUACAGGAGGACAUUCGGGUCAAAGACAACAACAACAAAAAACAUUCCUAAUCAAGCAAAGAGCAAGUCGACGACAGAAUUUGAACAUGAAAAAAAAAACACAAAAUUAAUUGAAAACAACAGCUAACCAAUCCACAAGCUCUGUUAGAUUUUCUUUUUUGUUGUCAAAAAAUUAAAUAUUUGUUUUACUUGAAUUUUUGCUUCAUAUUUAUCUGCAUCACAGCCACAGACAGUCACACAGAGUGGCAAUGAGCUCCAAGAAAGGGUGGUUUUAACAUCCAAUAUUUGCACAGGUUCCUCAGAGGACAAUGAGGUUUGCAUUUUGAGACAGAGCAGAGCUUUUGUUCAAAACCACCUGAACUCGUGUGUGUGCUGCAGUGGUUGGUCAGUUUUCUAUGGUGCUGUCUUGUGCAGUUCAGGCCGACUGUCUGUCAAUGAACACAUCUGUCCCCCUGUGAGCUUUGCUGCUUAAAUUAAUUAGCAAGGGGGCUCAUCAGCCAGGUCGAUGGACAUGAGCACAAAAAACAAGAAACAUGAUUUUUGUUUUGUUUGUUUCAACGGGACACGUUGCUUUGCCACAGCGAGGUGUCUUUGACUUAAUGCUUGAGUUUUUCAUGAUGGUAUGUGACUUUGCUGAGUGUAUGUUUGUCAGACUGAAGGAAACGUGGGGAUUUCAUGUUUCUGUCAUGUUUUUCAGUAGAAAUGGGCAAUUUAAUGACACAUUUGCCAAAUCAUCCCCAUUUGAAUAUUUGAUAUGAUCCUUCAUUUUGCCUCUGUUUGCCUGAUGUAAGCUCUCUCCCAAACUUCAUGAUUGUGAUUUUUUUUUUUCCUGCAAUUUAUUGUUGCAUGUGUUAUUCAUAGAGACCACCUUUUCAAUUUGUGUUUUGUCAUAUUUUCUGGGGUGACCAGACCCACAAAAGGGUUUUUCUAAGAUUUAGAGAUACUGUAUUCCAAAGUGAAGAGAGGACAGAGGAGGAGGUGUGAAGACAUCAAGAUAAAAGUGUCAAUAUUUUUAUUGAAUUAUUGUUGUCUUUUUGCGCUGCUAAAAGCUAUGAAUUUGUUUCAUUUAUACAAAAAAUAACAUUACCUAGUCGUGAUGUGUCACUUGAGUGUGCUGCUAUUUUAUAAACAUUUGUAUUAUAAUAUAAUUAUUUUACUGCUUAAGAGAUACAUUCAGAAAAAAAACGAAGUAGAUGGUGAUAGAAGAACAUGAAAUGAGUACUCGACUGGAAAUGUCCUUUGUACAGUUUGACCGUUUGCUUAGAUAGUUUAUCUCCUUUUCCCCCUUUUUUUUUAUCUAUUUUGCUCUACUUCUUCAGUCACAUUCUGCAUCAGUGGUAUUUCCUAUACCUCAGGAUUACUGGACAAAACUCAACACAAACAAAUUCAUCACCUAUACCUCUUCAGUUAGGGAGCUUGGACUGGAGGAGAAAGAAAACAGUGGAGGUGCAGAGGAAGCAAUGACGAACUCGUCUUUGUGGAUGAUUCCCGCUGCUUGAGUAAGGGAACAGCUUGCUCAGUGGGAUGGGGAACAGGACAUAUGCAAGGCUUCCACCUGGACUGUCAUUGUAAUGGAGGGGGGGGGGGGGGCACAACAGCAACGCAUGGAUAGUUCAAACAUGUGCAUUUCUGUUCAUGUUGGUGCUCCAUCUGACCUGUUUUGUGUGAGAGAUAGAGGAGAAAUGCAUUUCUAUGAUGGCCAAAGUUCUUGCUUUAUACAACCAUUAUAUCUCUGAAUGUUGUCAGUGAACGUGGGCUCUGUAUGUGAGAAAGUUACACUUUGGUUUGAAAUACUGUGUCAGUGUGCCAUUGUAACUGCAGCAUAAUUGUGAGUUGAGCUUCACCUGCCAUGUCUAGUCAUAAAUAUUGUGAUAUCUGGAAGUUUCAAUGGUGCAGAUUUCCCUUUUAGUCGCCCCCCCUCCACUAUAACUCAUAUCAUGUACCUCAAAUGUCUGUUGCACAGCCUCUGUUCAAUAAACUUCUGCUUUAAAGGGUGUGACAACGCAUCAACUCACCAUUUCCCACGC